AUGCCUCGGAAGCAGCUGGCUGGCUGCAUCUUUCUCCUCACAUUCCUGGGUCUGUCUGGGCUGGUUGGCGCAGUUACCAGAACAUACUACAUUGGGAUUGUGGAAGAAUACUGGAACUAUGUACCCCAAGGGAAGAAUGUUAUUACUGGGAAAAGUUUCACGGAAGACAAACUUGCAACCUUAUUUCUCGAAAGAGGGCCCAACAGGAUAGGUGGUAUUUACAAGAAGGCUGUUUACAGACACUUCACGGAUGGAACUUACUCCAUAGAGAUCCCCAAACCUCCCUGGCUUGGAUUCCUGGGCCCCAUCUUGAGGGCUGAAGUGGGUGAUGUGAUUGUCAUUCAUUUAAAGAACUUUGCUUCUCGACCUUACUCUCUGCAUCCACAUGGCGUUUUCUACAACAAAGAUUCGGAAGGAGCCCUAUACCCAGAUGGAACAUCUGGAAGGAACAAAAAUGAUGACAUGGUUCCUCCUGGGAAAAACUACACCUAUGUCUGGCCGGUGAGAGAAGAAUAUGCACCUGCUCCAGCCGAUGCCAACUGCCUGACUUGGGUGUACCAUUCGCACAUCGACGCCCCUAAGGACAUCUGCUCUGGGCUAAUUGGUCCCCUGCUGGUCUGCAAGGAAGGUAUCCUGAAUAGAUAUUCAGGGACACGGAAUGAUGUGGAUCGAGAGUUUGUUAUAAUGUUUACUCUUGUGGAUGAGAAUCAAAGCUGGUACCUCGAUGAAAAUAUCAAACAUUUCUGCACGGACCCUGAUUCAGUUGACAAGAAAGAUGCUGUUUUCCAGAGGAGUAACAAAAUGCAUGCCCUCAAUGGAUACCUCUUUGGAAACUUCCCUGAGCCUGAUAUGUGUGUUGGUGAAUCUGUGUCCUGGCACCUAUUUGGAAUGGGGAAUGAGAUAGAUAUCCAUUCCAUCUAUUUCUAUGGUAACACCUUCAUCAGCAGAGGGCAUCGGACUGAUGUCGUCAACCUGUUCCCAGCCACCUUCCUUACAACAGAAAUGAUAGCCGAGAAUCCUGGGAAGUGGAUGAUAACCUGCCAGGUCAGCGACCACCUACAAGCUGGUAUGCUGGGGCAAUACAACGUUGCUAACUGCAAAAGUGAUAUUUUCUACCCCAAGAUGAAGGGUCAACAGAGGCGCUACUUUAUAGCAGCUGAAAAAAUUCUUUGGGAUUAUGCUCCUCAAGGCUAUAACAAAUUCAGUGGUCUUCCUCUAAAUGCCUCUGGCAGUGACUCUGAUCUCUACUUCACACAAGGGGACAACAGAAUAGGAGGAAAAUACUGGAAGGUUCGGUAUACUGAAUUUGUUGAUGCAACUUUUACUAAAAAAAAGAGACUGUCUGCUGCAGAAGCCCAUCUUGGAAUUCUUGGCCCAGUCAUCAAGGCAGAGGUGGGUGAUACCCUGUUAGUGACCUUUGCCAACAAAGCUGACAAGGUCUAUAGCAUUUUGCCCCAUGGCGUGAUCUAUGACAAGGCAUCUGAUGCAGCCCCAAACCUAGAUGGAUUUGUGAAACCAGGGGCGCAUGUUAAACCAGGUGAAACCUUCACAUACAAGUGGACAGUGCCUGAGAGCGUAAGCCCAACUGAUGGUGAUCCUCCCUGUCUGACCUAUCUUUACUUCUCAGCAGUUGAUCCAAUUAAGGACACCAGCUCUGGCCUGGUAGGGCCUUUGCUAGUCUGUAAAAAGGGCAUCCUCAAUGCUGAUGGGACACAGAAAGGAAUAGACAAGGAGUUUUACCUACUGUUCACAGUCUUUGAUGAGAAUCUGAGCAGAUAUUUUGAUGAAAACAUUCAGAAGUUUAUCUGGCAUCCCUUCAGCAUUGACAAAGAAGAUAAAGAAUUUGUGAAAUCCAACCGAAUGCACGCUGUUAAUGGCUACAUGUACGGCAACCAGCCAGGCCUAAACAUGUGUAAAAAGGAUAGAGUUUCCUGGCAUCUGAUUGGAUUGGGCACUGACACCGACAUGCAUGGAAUUGUUUUUCAAGGGAACACCAUUCACCUACGAGGGACUCACCGAGACUCCCUGGCCCUGUUUCCUCACAUGGCCACAACAGCAUUCAUGCAGCCGGACCACGCAGGUAUUUUUAAGGUGUUUUGUGCCACCAUGCACCACCUUCUGAGAGGCAUGGGUCAGAUCUAUGAGGUCAACAGCUGUGACAACAGGGACCCUUCUGAGCAGCCACAUGGGAUGAUAAGAACUUUUUACAUCGCCGCUGAAGAGGUAGAAUGGGAUUAUGCCCCUAACAAAAACUGGGAGUUCGAAAAGCAGCACUUGGACGCAAGAGGGGAAAGACAUGGAGAUAUAUUUAUGAACCGCACUGAAAAUUGGAUUGGCUCUCAGUACAAGAAGGUGGUUUACAGGGAAUACACGGAUGGAGAAUUUGUGGAGAUCAAAGCCCGACCACCACGAGAGGAGCACUUAGAACUCCUGGGCCCAAUGAUUCAUGCCGAGGUGGGCGACACCAUCCUGAUCAUAUUUAAGAACAAAGCCAGUAGGCCCUACUCCAUCUCAGCCCAGGGUGUGGAGGAGAUGGAUAGUGGAAAGCAAUUCCAAGUGCCCAUGACAAAACCAGGAGAAGUAAAAACUUAUAGAUGGAAUAUCCCUAAAAGAUCCGGUCCAGGGCCUUCUGAUCCCAAUUGUAUUCCAUGGGUUUACUAUUCAACAGUAAACUUUGUGAAGGAUACGUAUAGUGGUUUGAUGGGUCCUCUGAUUACAUGCCGAGAAGGAGUAUUGAAUGAAAAGGGAAGAAGAAGUGACAUUGAUUAUGAAUUUGCUCUCUUGUUUUUGGUAUUUAAUGAGAAUGAAUCCUGGUAUCUGGAUGACAAUAUUAAGAAGUAUCUCAACAAAGAUCCACGAGAUUUUAAGCGCACUGAUGAUUUUGAGGAAAGCAACAGAAUGCAUGCUAUUAAUGGAAAGAUUUUUGGGAAUCUCCAUGGCCUCACAAUGAACGAAAAUACAAUGACAAACUGGUAUUUGUUAGGGAUAGGAAGUGAAGUGGACAUACAUACCAUCCAUUAUCAUGCUGAGAGCUUUCUCUUCAAAAUAGAUAAAUCUUACCGAGAAGAUGUGUAUGAUCUCUUUCCUGGGACAUUCCAAACCAUUGAACUGUUUGCAGAUCAUCCAGGGACAUGGCUGCUACACUGUCAUGUGUCUGACCACAUCCAUGCUGGCAUGGAGACAACCUACACGGUCCUUCGUAACACAGACAACAGGAUUCCUUACUCCACCACAUCUCCUGGAGGGGCAUCUCACUCAGCCACAGUGCCAUCUAACGAACGACCUGGCAAGGAGCAGCUCUAUUUCUUUGGCAAGAAUCUGGGUCCAGCAGGAGCUAAGGCAGCCUUGGUCAUCCUUUUCAUCAUUGGACUCCUCCUUCUAAUCGCCACGGUGAUUCUCUCCCUUAGACUCCGCUCUGCAAUGAAGCAGACAGAUUACCAGCAAGUCCAGUCCUGUGCUCUCCCCACGGAUGCUCUGUGA